UCUCUCUCUCUCUUUUUCAUCGGUCUAGCCGUUUUCCUUGGCUCUGAUUGGGCCAGCAUCAUAACUCCGAGUCACAACGGAAAAACCCAAAACUCAGUCCCCAACUCAGUCCGUCCUCACUAAAAAAGAGGGCUCUCUGUUUUUCUCUUUCAAAUUUGACGGAAUCUGCGAUUCGUCGUACAGUUACUUUUCCCAUUUUCAGCCUCAAUAUUUUCACACACAUAUAAAUAUAUAUAUUUUCUUCUUCUUCCAAUUCAAAGCCUUCUCUCUCUCUCUCUCUCUCUCUAAGUUCUCAGUAACCGCUCUCCGAUCUUGUUCGUUUCUCUCCUCGAUCCGUACGCCUCAGUGUUUGAGAGAUCGGAGUGGAGAGAGGGUUAUGGCUCAUAAAGUAGACCAUGAGUAUGACUAUCUCUUCAAGAUCGUUUUGAUCGGAGACUCAGGUGUCGGUAAAUCCAACAUACUCUCUAGGUUUACCAGAAACGAGUUCUGUUUGGAAUCCAAAUCCACCAUCGGCGUCGAGUUCGCCACCAGAACUCUCCAGGUUGAAGGAAAGACGGUUAAGGCACAGAUCUGGGAUACAGCGGGUCAGGAGCGGUAUCGUGCUAUCACCAGUGCCUACUAUAGAGGAGCAGUUGGUGCACUCCUAGUCUAUGACAUAACAAAAAGGCAAACUUUUGACAAUGUCCAGAGGUGGCUCCGUGAAUUGAGGGACCAUGCAGAUUCUAACAUUGUCAUUAUGAUGGCUGGAAACAAGUCUGACUUGAGCCAUCUUAGAGCUGUUUCAGAGGAUGAUGGUCAGGCAUUGGCUGAGAGGGAAGGUCUCUCAUUUCUUGAAACAUCAGCACUGGAAGCAAUCAAUAUUGAGAAGGCAUUUCAAACCAUAUUAACAGAGAUCUACCAUAUUGUGAGCAAAAAAGCAUUGGCAGCUCAGGAAGCAGCCACAAAUUCCACCCUUCCUGGUCAAGGAACUACCAUCAAUGUUAACGAGACUUCAGGGAAUGCGAGGAGAGGUUGCUGCUCUACUUAAGGGGACAUUGAAGAGAGGGGAAAGACUUGCUAGAAGGCAGACUUUUUUCUUUUUCUUUUUUUUUUUUUCCUUUUUUCUUUUUCUUUUUCUUCUUGAGUGAGAGAGAGACAUUGUAGAAUACAAAUUUACCUCAUUGAGUUGUGAUAAGGAAGCUUGUGAAAUUUAAAAACAAAGUAUUGUUAGCACUUUUUGAGGGUUGUAAUGCCCAUUCCUUUA